CCGCCGUCGCUGAUCGCAAACGCACCUCGCUUCCCUUCUACCUCCAUUCAUUCCACCGGCCCAUUCGCUCGUUUCCUCCCACAUCACGCCACCUGCCCUCGAUUCCUGCUACACCACUGCGCCCACACCUCUCUCUAUCAUGACCGAAGACGCAUCAACUCCACCCUCCAUGGCAGAUCGGGAACGGAGGAGAGGGAGUCUGGCGAGGAGGGCACUACAAAGUGUGCGGGCUGUAAUGAACCGACGGAGUAGCGGCAUCAGGAGCCCGACAGCAUCUUCGAGCGCCGAGGUCAGGAAUGUAGCGGCCGUGAGGAUAGUGGAGCCUACAAGCAGUGCAAGUGUCGGGGCCGAAAGAAACGACAUUCCGGGCAGCGUCAUAGAGGAUGUAGGACCUAUAAGAGCGGUAGAAGCUCCGGUGGUGUCUCUUGCUGCUAUGCGCAAUACAAUCGAAGUGGAUAACAGUGACGACGACGAAACCGUGGAGCCAUUAUUACCGAUGAGAAUGGGACGGUCUGGUCUGUCGACAGAGAAGGCGCGAGAACUGUUCGCUCAGCAUGGGUUCCACUAUGAGCUCCGAGGCUUCCAGCCGCAUCAGGAACCACCAAACAAGAUACGACGUGUGGAAAAGCCAAUCCGACUACGAGUCCAUUACACAUGUCACGAGUGUCAAAGGAAAUUCGGCGUGGAAAAGACGUGUCUGCAAUGUGGGCACCAGCGAUGUCGAGUCUGUGCAAGAGAUCCACCGCGAAGAGUGAAGGAGUUGUCAGAUCGCUCUCGAAAGUCAAUGCAGGCAGAUGAAGCUGCCAAGGCAACCGCUGCUGCUGUUGCAUCGACGGAAACUUGUGCCAAAGUGCCGGCCAUUGAGCCAGCAGUCCCUGCUCCCGAGAGUGCUCCAGAGAUGCUUACUGGUCCAUUGCUACUGGAUGAAAGCUCCGAGUACACGACCGAGCCACUGCCAAAGGACUUUGAGUUCACCAUGUACGCCCGACCUCGAACAGGCAUCCAGACCAUGUGGAGAGCCGACUCACGGCCAAGAGUCCACAAGCAAUCUCAUAGCGCUUCACUCACAUCGUCAGAGGAUGAUGUACCUAUGGUCAGAACCGUCAAGCGAGUGUAUCGAAAACCUCGUCAGCGGGUGCGAUAUACUUGUGAGAACUGUUCGACUCUUUUCAUCGAAGGUGUCCGUUGCUACCAGUGCGGGCACGAACGAUGCCAGCAUUGUCAUCGUGAACCGCCCAAAAGAACGCCUCCACAACACGACCCCGAAGUGAUGCGAUCUCUCGCUGCCAGAAUCGCGUCCUAUAACUACGGCCAAUCUUCUGGCGUUACUGCUUCAGGAUAAGAAGAACAUUGUUAUGAGUUUGGUUCUACUUUUGGCUCUUGCAUUUUUCAUGCGAUUCUUUCGAUGCUCAUUCACGAUACCAACUUGUGCUUUCUUCCUACCGAAUCGAUCGUGAUUUAAUUGGUGGGAUUCUUUUCGAUUGAAGAAUUAGGCUUUGGGGGAAAUAAAGAACCGACAGGAAAACAUCACUUUAUUGAGAAGAAGAAGGAAAAAUGGAAAUGGCAAGCAUUGCAUUCCAUUGCAUUUGAGAUAGAUCCACAGCAUACCCUUAUCCUUACGACGCAAAAAGCCUGUGGUAUAUACUACACGUAUGUACCAC